AGCCCCCUUCCCCACCUACUCCCCAUAUCAUCCGACAUCGCGACAGCCUAACCCCCUUCCCUACCUGCUCCCGAUCUCAUCCGACUUUGUGACAGCGUGUGAUCAUUGGUCGGCAGACGUCAAGGAGGCGGCAGCCAAUACGGGGUUCUACAUGGCUCGCAGCAACGACCGAGUGUUGCAAUUCUUCGACUACUGGAUCAAUUCACACACCCGCCUCUCUUCCCCUCUUCUUUUCCCACACCCGGUAUGCCUCUCUUCCCCUCUUCUUUUCCCACAUUCGGUAAGCCUCUCUUCCCUUCUUCUUUUCCCACACCCGGUAAGCCUCUCUUCCCUUCUUCUUUUCCCACACCCGGUAAGCCUCUCUUUCCCUCUUCUUUUCCCACACCCGGUAAGCCUCUCCUCGAGCUCCCACUCUUUCACACCGCACGGUAGAGGCAUACAGCCUCGUCCGUCGCGCUCUUCGCAUCACUCCCUCCGUUCUCUUUCAACAUGCGAUCCCUCUUCUUCCCAAUCGAGUCACUCUCUGCACCGCUUACUGCACCGCUCGCUGCACGACUGCGUCAUCUGCUUUUUCUUUCUGCUCGCACUGAACAUUGUUUUCCUCCAUGUUGCCAAAGCCAUUUUUUACAUCCUUGGGGGCUUUAGCACAUAUCAAUCAAGAUUGGCCGACGGUGUUGUUUUCUCCCAAUUUGCAAGAUGA